GCCCCGCUUUGGACUCCGUCAUUUCGCUCCCCUAUCCCUCACUUGUUGGAUGUGUCCAUCCAAAUUCAAUUGAUUUUACGCUUUUUUACGGUCCUGUUACCUUCUUGGAGUGGUGGGAAGAUUGCCACCGUGUGUGAAGGAGAAAAACGUUUUUCUUGCGCGUAAAAGCGCCCAUCUCGCAGCGUAUAGUCCUCAUCCCGUUACCCGUUCGUUUUUGCUCCAGUUACCGCAGUGUGACUGUGCUCCCCUGCUUCUGGUUGUCUCCACAGCCGUCUGUCUGACCUCUUGCAGCUGGCCUCAUAGCGGUAGUGUUUUUUUUUUUUUUUUUGGUCCUGGUAGCGUCGUGCGCAUCGGACUCCGGCUCAUCCUUGGAGAAGUUCCGCCGCAGUCCGUGCACAGCACUUCUCUGUCCUGCUGCUGCCUUAAAGAUACUAGUGGAUUUUUAAAAUCUGGGUCCACAGGAUAAGCACGAGACGUACUAUCGGACCAUGUAACUAAAUCAGAUACAUUCAGUCAGAGUGGCAAAGAAGGGUGACGUCUCUCCAAUGAACUCUCACCUAACUACCGUUCACCCAUUCGACAUUAAAACACUUCUGUGAUGUGAGUUUGUCUGAUAGACGUCAUUUCUAUUUAAGUAUCUGCAAAUCAUUAAAUAUAUAACUCAAGUUAUUCUACUUUCAGGUGUUAAGCAGCUUUGCUGAACAGUUUGAUGGAGAGCUGGUCGGAUGACAGCUGGAACUGUUGUCAUAACUGGAGGAAUACUGGCCACAGUGAUACUUUUGUGUAUCAUAGCCGUGCUCUGUUACUGUAGACUCCAGUACUACUGCUGUAAGAAGAAUGGGUCUGACAGCGGCUCCAUCUCUCAGCAACACUUCGCCUGCAACGCCUGCAGUAUGUCUGGCCUGGAUGGACCCAUCAUCACUCCGCUGUCUCUGUCUCCACCAGAGCCACCUAAAUCCUCAAAUCCUACCAAACCCACAGGGGGGCGACGCAGCUACUGUCCCAGCUGCUCGCUUUAUGACUCACCCUUCUACAUCCGUACCACUGAUGAGAUGCGCAAUGGUGGUGAACGCAUCACCUACAUGCCCACCCACUAUGACAACCAGGCUCUGGCAAUGCCACUGCCUGCUGUCCGAGGCUCCCUGCUGAGGGACACCCAGCGAGGCCGGCCUCCUGAUUUCUACACCAACACCCGGGCAAUCAGCACCGAGGUGUGACCACCCUAUGUUUCCAUACAUUUCCACACCACUAACACAACUGCAAAAAAAAAUCUUGUCUCUCACUGCAGCUGCCAGAGUGUUAGUGGAGGUGACAUUAUCACAUUUAUUAAAAAAUGUUGGGUUCUGAAAGAUUGGACAGUCUCAGCCAGCUGUUAUUGAUUAAAAUGAUAAAGGACCCCAUUCAAACAGAAUCCCUCACAUCAUACUAUUAUUAUUUUGUUCAUAGAUAAAUGUGUCUGUGACAAAAUGUCCUUUUAUUCUCCUACAAUAAACACAAGCCUGUUGACUAUUACUGUGUUUAACAACUGAGGGCUAUCUUAGACCAUUUAUUAUUUUAUCAUGCAACAUAUCUUCCCAAAUGAUCGCUUUCUGCUUAUCAUCAUAAGCAGAAAAGGAAUUGAAAUAUUUUUUUUAAAUAGCCACAGAGGAAAAGUCUACAUCCCCUGGUGGAUUUCUGGAAAUGUGAGUUUCAGAAGACGUGCAGUAGAGCGGACAACUGGAGAGUUCUCUAUGCAAGCUGUCCAGCAAACUGCUGAAGCUCUCCUUCAGCAAUUUUCAUCCCAUCAACUAUAUUUGGGGAAUAUUAUAAGCACUGUCCCCACCUUGUGAGAUGUUAAAAUGCUCCACAUGUAGAUAGACUACCCAAGCAUUUAAAAAGAUGGAAUAUGGAUACAGAAGUUCUAAGUUUCUCCCUUGAUUUGGAAACCAGUAUGCAAGCAGUGGAGCCCGAGCCUAUGGAAGCAACGGCUGGAUGCUUGAAAUGAACUUAUUGAAUUUCUCUUUAUUGACAAUAAUGCAAAAAGUUUGACAUGUACAUAUUAACUAGAAGGCAAUCUCUCAAUCCCAACGUGUUCUUUUCUGAGACUGAUGCACGCUGGGAUUUGAACCUUUUGAAUGAGGGAGAGUGAUUUAUGGUUUGUGCUAUUUGUCCACACUCUCCCUCUCUGUUCCUGUGUACUCUGAUAAUGAAUAUUUGAAAUGCAAAUAAUCACUUUUUUUUAAUUUUGUGAAAAGUAAGUAUACAAAUUUAUGUCAUUAAAAGCUGUUUCACACUCCUCGUUUUUUCAUGCAGCGUCGCUUGCCUUCCCAAAUGAUGCUUCCUGUGAAAUUGUUUUUUAUAUUUCUAUGUACAGCAAGAUCAGGAUUCAAAGCAAAACAGACAAAAUGCAAGAAACCACCAAGACUCAAGUGUCAGUAAUAAGACAUUUAAGACAUAUUUAAACAUGUUUGGCUUUCUCUUUUCAAGCAUUUAGCAUAAAUGUUUUGUUCUAAGAUCUUUUCACCAGUGCAUCAUUUAAUUUUUCAUUGAUACAACAUUAAAUAAAUUCUAAAUGCAGUGCACCUUAAGCUGCACCUUUUAUCUACUUGUCAGGACCCCUUCACAUUGCAAGUGGUUUGUUUUAGUUAAACUAACAAAAGUCAACAGAUUUAUUGAAAACUGGAAAAAAAUGUUAAUAAAAAAAAACAAAACACACAAGCUAUCACAUAGGCUGAAUUAUAUGAAGUACACAACUGAUAUUUACAGUAUCUAUACUAGCUCCCUACUUUGACAACACUGUUGUCAUUAUUUAUUUAUUUAGUGUUUUUUUUUUUUAAAGAUUUUUCAAAUGUGGUCAAAACAAAUUGUGAGAAAAACAGUAAUAUUUGA